CCUACGAUAAUUUUGCCUUAUUCAGCUGCAUAUUUAGAGCUUUAUGUUUUUAUCAGUUUCUACACAAGGAGAAAACUGUUUCCUUUUCUUUGACUCGUCAGAAGGCCUGAACUGAUAGAAGUCGGAUGUACUUUGUUAAGAAUUUGAAUGGAGACUAACAGAUAAUGUGAAGAGCACUUCACAGUAGAUUGUUUAAUGACCCCAUAUAAACAUGAACGAUGACGUAUUUUUUUUUUUUACAAUGCUGCCAUAGAAACCAUUAGAUCUGAUUUAAAAAGAUUUGAAUGAAGUUAAAUUGUCAGGUGUUUACCGUUUAUGUAUACCGAGGAAAUCGAUAGAAGUCACGUAGCCAAAUGGGUAUGACAAUACUUGUAAUUGCCGUGAUUUUAUCUAUAACAUGCGUGGAAGAGAUUGCUGGAGAUAAUCAGAACAUGUCUUCUAUAGAGAAAAUGUUCAUCAAGCAUAUCUUUCAAAAGUACGGAAACGAGUAUUUUAUAUCGUUUGAAGGAUUGGAACACCUUUUCCAAAAUUUAGAAAUAGGUGAUAUUCAAAUAGCACACGAUAUAAAAGAACAUUUUAAAAAUGCCAAGUUUGUACCCUUGCAUUCGGACCAUGAACAUCAGUCGAAGAAGAAAAGAGUUUUGCAAAGGAGACAUAGGCAUAGGAGGCAUCAGGAUAUAUUUUCUAAGUGCCUUUUUCCUGUUGACAUGGUGAGGCUUUUCGGAUUCAGUACUCUCAAUGUCAUUACCGCUGACCAAUUUCAUCACAUGUGUCCUGUCAUGAUGGCCCAGCUCGAUGGUCGCGCAUGUCCCCAGGCGCAUGUGCAGCAUCAUAAGCUCUUGACAGAUUCCCAUGGGAUGGAGGAAAUUAUCCAGAUUCUACCAGAAGCCUGGGGCUAUGGAUCCGCCUCUAUCGUUACCAUCAGUGUCCUAGGCCUCCUGGCUGUGACCGUGAUUCCCUGUUUACAGAGGGUUUUUCUGAACACCGUCCUUCAGUUCCUGGUCUCCCUAGCUGUGGGGGCUCUAUCCGGCGACGCCCUGCUUCAUCUCAUCCCACAUGCUUUCACUAGCGAAGGAGGUGACACAGAUGGGGGUCGAGGAGAGGUAUAUAAAGGGUUGUGUGGCUUAGCUGGCAUCUACUGCUUCUUUAUUAUUGGUCGUCUACAGGGCAUCUACAUGAGCAGGAAGGUCAAGGAGCAAGAUAAAGGCACCAAAGAAAACUAUUUAGACAUGACACUGAAUAUAAUCUCAGAGGACGAGGAAAAAUCAGAAAGCAUCGCCCUUAAACUUUCUGACGACCAGGAUACUACCGAACAAAAACAGACACAAGAGAAUGAAACCAGCCAUUUACAUGAACACAAACAUUCAAUUGAACAUGAACAUUCCCACGAAUAUGAACACCCUAAAGGUCACGGCCAUUCACACGACCACCCUGUCCCCCGGAGUAUGGGAGGGUUAGUGUGGAGGGUCAUUAUUGGAGAUGGCAUUCAUAACUUCAGUGAUGGAAUAGCGGUGGGUGUAGCGUUCGCUGCCAGUAUCACUGGAGGUCUUAGUACCUCAGUCGCCAUACUGUGUCACGAAUUACCACACGAAAUGGGUGAUUUUGCUGUUCUUCUGAAGAACGGGAUGACAAUUAAGAAGGCAAUCCUCUGUAACUGUGUGUCCUCCUUAUUGUCGUUUAUUGGCAUGGCUAUUGGGUUGGCGGUAGGAAACAUGGGAGACUCUAGUCCGUGGAUAUUUGUUGGAAUCGCUGGCAUGUUCCUGUACAUCUCACUGGUAGAUCUACUGCCAGAGAUGAGUUUACUGGACGCAGGGAAUCGGGAGCAAAGACCGUUCCGACAGUUCCUCUUUCAGUUAGGAGGUGCUGGGGUAGGAAUUGGAAUAAUGUUGUUAAUUGCCUUGUAUGAGCAUCAACUAAAUUCUUUAUUCAACGAAUAAUUUCACGUCCUCUGCCACACCUAGUCGGCGCGUCUCUCGGUAGGCUGGGUAAUGAAAACUUACAUGA